UGAAUAGCUUGUUGUUGAGUUCUCAUACAGUGAUGAACGACGGUCGAAACAGGACUUCUGAAAACAGAUUCAACGAGAUUUGACAUUCCUUGAGAAAGGUUUUCUUCAAAAAUUCUCCCGUGGAUUCUCUUUCUAAAUAAGGACGACGUCUGGCCUCCAAUGGCCCCGAGAUUUUCCGAGCCACGCCCCUACACCCGGCAACCAAUCACAGACUUUGAUAUGCGUGACGCCCACAGGCAGUCGCAGCAACAAGAAGAACAGUCUAAUAAUAACUGUGACAGUAGUAAUUUUGAUAAUCAGCAAUAACCAGGAGAGAGCUGGCGGAGAUUUGGUGAAAUUAAUUCUUUACCUCAGAAGAAGGGUCUAUUUAUUUGUAUCUUGUACGUUCGUGUGUGAUCGACCUUUAGAUGUUUUUAUAUAGUGCUGUCUUGCCUAUGCACAAAUAAUUACUCUCUCUGGAAGAGAAUGCUUUAGUCUGGAAAUUCAGCCCUCAAUUGAUCAACCAAUCAAAUCCCUUCAUAAUUCUGCCAUUAAUUGGCCACCUACCAUGCUACCGAUUUCCUGAUUGGUCAAUACAUUUCAUCUUGCAUGCAACCCCAUCCACUCAUCCAAUCAAAUUUGCUCAAUAUCAACACACCCUAAGCCAAGCUCAUCUUGAGAUUCAUCCAACAAGGCUCCUGAUUGGUCAAUUUCCCCAAUACCUGAGCCAAUCAACCAAUCAUGGUUGGCCUACCACCGACUGAUAUUGUACCAUCUGUGGCUGUGAAGCUGGCCAGUGCCGGACUGGGAGGGUGCAUAGCUGAUGUAAUAACCUUCCCACUGGACACAGCUAAAGUGCGCCUUCAGAUUCAAGGCGAGAGCGGAACCGACAAGAAAUCAUCAAAAGGCACCGUCGGCAAGGAAGCACGUGCCAACUUCAGGUACCGCGGCGUUUUCGGAACCAUAUGGACCAUCAUCCGCCAAGAGGGACCCCGUGGACUCUACAACGGGCUCAUCCCGGGACUCCAGCGCCAGAUGUGUUUCGCCUCGGUCCGCAUCGGCCUCUACGAUUCCGUCAAGGCUUUCUAUGCAGGUGCUCAAAAAGUUGAUUAUGGUGGUGUCAACAUCAUCACAAGAAUCAGCGCAGGUAUCACAACGGGAGCAUGUGCCGUACUCAGCGCCCAACCUACGGACGUUGUCAAGAUUCGCCUACAAGCCCAGGGCAAUGCGGUCCUGAAUGGCGCCCCCAAGAGGUAUACCGGUGCUAUCAACGCCUAUCAGACCAUCGCCAAGGAGGAGGGUGUCAGAGGCCUGUGGAAAGGAACGAUGCCCAACAUUGUGCGAAACUCCGUCGUCAACGCCAGCGAAGUCGUGGCCUACGACCUCAUCAAGGAGGCCAUCCUGAAACGCAGGCUACUCAAAGACGAGUUCCCCUGUCAUUUUGUCGCGGCUUUUGGCGCGGGGUUCGUCACCACGUGCGUCGCCACCCCGGUGGAUGUAGUGAAAACGAGAUUCAUGAACUCCAGCCCUGGCCAUUACCGCGGAGCUAUGGACUGUGCCGCGCAGAUGUUCAGGAAAGAAGGUCUUACUGCUUUUUACAAAGGAUUCACGCCACAGUUUCUGCGACUGGGCUCCUGGAAUAUUGUGAUGUUUGUAUGCUACGAGCAGCUUAAACGUGCCAUCAUCAUGUCCACGCAACAUAGCUAAUACCAUCCCAUUGCUUCAUUGAUGCCGCUGCUGCUUUGAUUUGACUGUAAUCCUUCCAUGGAACAUUGCGCUGUGUAUAAAAGAUGCUAUUAA